AUGGCUUCAAGCAUUGGGUCUCUAUUAUUCGUCACAUGGGUAACUCUUCUCCUUUCACGUUCUAUGAGAGCAAAGGGCAAUCAACAUGCAACACAGCUACUGUACAUGUACAACAUAUUCACGGAUAACGUCGCCAUAUUAGGCCAUACUAUUCGUUCUAUGAAUGUAUCAAGUCAAGUUGAUUGCUUCCGCCAUUGUGCAAAGGUUUGUGGUUGUGUAGCAUUUCAGUUGACUGGGUGGAAAUGUGAAUUAUUGGAUGCAGGUAAAGAUGUCGUGGUUGGGGACCUGAUAACUAGACCAGGCACUGCUUUGUACACUAUGAAUCAGGAUAGUAUACAGGUAAGAUUGUGUCAUUGAUAGGAAAACAAGUAGAGCUACUAGGGAGUAAUGAACUACAAAUGAAUAAUAAAAUAAUAAAAAUAAAUGAAUGUUUUUAUUGAAUACACAAGUAAAAAUAUAUACCUUUAUUAUAUAGACAAGAGUGUUUUACUGGAAUAUAUACCACUCGUAAAAUUCAUAAAAACUACAUCCGGGACCCGAGUGGUUUAUUUUCCAUAAUCUCACACGUGAGUUUAUCGAUGACGUAAUUUCAGUAAUUUCCCUCUAUUAUUUUAUCGAUGUCAUUUUGUCUAUAUAAUAAAAAGAACAUUACACGCCGGCUUGAAGAUAUGAAUUUAAUUUUCUCGUGGCAAAAACAAUAUUUUACUCACUCGCUGCGCUCGUUCGUAAAAUAUUGUUUUGCCACUCGAAAAUAAAAUUCAUAUCUUCGUGCCACCGUGUAAUAUCCUCUAUAUAUUUACAUGUUUAAUAUCAUUAGUUAAAAAGUGCCCUGAUUUAAUUUGUAGCUUUGAGUUUGGUGACAUGCAAAGAUAUUCUGUGUUUUGUGAUUAUAAACCAAAUCCGAUUUUAUGACAACAGCACGGCUUUAUUGUGCUCCGUCGCUAAAGGAAGCAAAAUUUGAUGUAACAAACGCUGAUCAAAAGAGAAAUUCUCCCUAAAUUCUUUCUGCUGCAAACUCAAAGUUGUUAGCAAGACCAGUCAUUGUUUUGUAGAAGUUUAAUAUUCACAACGAAUCAGCCAGGUUAUGUUUCUUGAUGAUUUUGUGGCCAAGGGAGGAUCGGAAUCGCUCACUAAAUUUGAGUGCAAAACGUUACGUGUAAGAAGACAAAUUUGCGUCCACAACUAAAACUUAAUUCAUACAUGCAAAAAGGUAUCCUGUAUGACUACACUUUAAUUACUAUUAUUUUAAUUAUAUUGCCAGGUGAACCAAAGCUGUGUUAACGGAUGCUGCAGAUCAAAGCCCUGUCUUAACGGCGGAACCUGUGAGGAGAAAUGCAGUGACGUCAGAGAGCCUUACACUUGCACAUGCUCAAAAUAUUACAAGGGAAAACGAUGCGAGCAGUUUUAUCCAGAAGUCAGGUCUUGCCAAGGUCUCAAGAUAUUUAGGCCGGGAUCGCAUUCCGGUGUUUACGAACUUGUUAUAAGUGAUAAUAAAACCGUGCAGAGUUAUUGUGACUUUACCUCUGAGGCUGGUAAAGCUUGGACGCUCAUAGAAUCCUUUUCGCUUUCAAACAAAGACAUAUAUAAGAACAAACCAUUUUAUCACGAUUUUCCUCGAAACGAGAACAACUUCACAUGGGACGACUUUAGGCUUUCAUACCAAGCCUUGGUUAAUAUCCGGAACAACUCAACGCACUGGCGCGUGACCUGUACCUUCCCAUCAGGCCUCAGUUAUACCGACUACGCACGCUCUUCGCUCAAUGAAACAGAUCUCCUAACGUUUGUUAAUCAGGACAAAUGCAAGAGGUAUGAAUAUGUUUCAGUGCGAGGAAUAAACUGUACUGAUUGUAAAGGAAUGUUGGUUCAAAGAGACAGUCAACACAUGCAUACAGAUUCUUACUGGAGCGGAAGAAAUGGCUGUCAGUGGAACCCCGGGGCGGGAGCAAUAUUAGGAGAAGAUAAUUUCGGUUUUUAUGCUGUUACAAAUCCAAAACAUAGGUGCACGGUAAACUCAUCGUCUACUACACAGUGGUGGCUUGGGUCACAAUUAUAA